AAAGAAGAAGAAAAAUACCGGAAGCGGAAGUAGAAGCACCAUCAUCACCCCGCCGAGCAGCAGCGUUUUCUCUGAUUUAACGCUUGCUGUUGUCUAAAGGGUUUCUAUCAUUUUUUUGUAAAUAAAUAUUUUUGUACAAAGGUGCUCAAAAUGCCGGAUUUGGCGGUAGAAAAGGUGGUUGUCCAUCCACUGGUCUUACUGAGUGUUGUAGAUCAUUUUAACAGAAUUGGGAAAGUUGGAAGCCAGAAACGAGUUGUUGGGGUGCUGCUCGGCUCAUGGCACAAAAAGAUUCUCGAUGUGUCCAACAGCUUUGCAGUGCCUUUUGAUGAAGACGAUAAGGAUGACUCUGUGUGGUUCCUGGACCAUGACUACCUGGAGAAUAUGUAUGGAAUGUUUAAGAAAGUCAAUGCUAGAGAAAGAAUAGUCGGUUGGUACCACACCGGUCCGAAACUGCACAAGAAUGACAUUGCGAUCAACGAGCUGAUGAAGCAGUAUUGCGCAAACUCGGUUUUAGUCAUCAUUGAUGUGAAACCCAAAGACUUGGGCCUUCCAACUGAAGCCUACAUCUCUGUGGAGGAAGUACAUGAUGAUGGAACUCCAACUUCAAAAACAUUUGAGCACGUUACCAGCGAGAUUGGAGCCGAAGAGGCAGAGGAAGUUGGUGUUGAGCAUCUGCUUCGAGACAUCAAGGACACUACUGUUGGCACUUUGUCUCAACGCAUCACCAAUCAAGUUCACGGUCUAAAAGGUCUCAACUCCAAAUUGUUGGACAUCAAGAGCUACCUGGAGAAGGUUGCUACAGGAAAGCUGCCCAUCAAUCAUCAAAUCAUCUACCAGCUGCAGGAUGUGUUUAAUUUGUUACCAGACGUCAACCUGCAGGAGUUCAUCAAGGCCUUCUAUCUGAAGACCAACGACCAGAUGCUGGUGGUCUACCUGGCUUCACUCAUCCGCUCCGUGGUGGCCCUCCACAACCUCAUCAACAACAAAAUCGCCAACCGGGACGCCGAGAAGAAAGAGGGUCAAGAGAAGGAUGACAGCAAGAAAGAGAAGAAAGAAGACAAGGAGAAGGACAAAGACAAGGAGAAGGAUAAAGAUAAAAGUGAUUCUGCAGCAAAGAAAGAUGAUAAAAAGGAAAAGAAAUGAACUUGGAAUUCUCACAUGGACAGACACCAUCUUGACUAAAAUAAAGACGUUUCCUUUCUUUUCAUGCAGAUUUACUCAAAUCUCAACUCUCUUAUGAUUGAGAAUGUUUGUGUGUUUAAGAGCAGUCACUUAAAAAGAUUUUUUUUUGUUUUUGUAUUAAUAUACACAUGUUUCCUGUACACACUGUAAAGUACAACACCCAAAAUCAGGUCCACCAUCUCCUAUUUUAUUAAUAAUAGACACAUUUACACAUUUUUGUUCACUACAUGCAUACAGAAAUGUGCAUAAUGUUGCAAAGAGUGUGUUCAUUAAACAUAAUACCCAAAGAAAUGUA